AUUAUAAGAAUCACCAUCGAUUCGAACGAUCGCUGCACGGUCACGCAGCACGAUCGCAUUUAUUUUUGUUUUCCUUGGUUUCCGUGGUUUUUCUUCACUUAAAACUUACCGCAAACCGAGAAGCAACAGCCUCGCAGCACGGAAAAUCUCAGCAAAGAAACGGCCACGAUGCUUUGAUCAGUCCAUCGAUCGGAUCCUCCAAACAAGGAGCGGCUAAUUCGCGGAGCUCCCAUUAAAAUUCACCAAAGGCAGCUGCUUAAUGUUUUUUAUAAGAGGAUAAUUACAUAGUUUAGCUCUCCACGCACGCCCCGCGCACAAUGCAAAUAAAGCACCUGAAACCCGCGAUCUUGUACCUAUGGGUGAUCCUGCCCCUUCUUUUUGUGAGCGAAACAGACGCCAGUGCGACGAAGCUGGAUGUGGAGCUGGAGGCCAUCAAUGGCACGCUCAACUACCGGCUGUACGCCAAGAAGGGCAAGGACGAUAAGCCCUGGUUUGACGGCCUGGACAGCUCGCACAUUCAGUGCGUGCGACGAGCGCCCUGCUACAGCACUUCCAAUGCCACCAAUACCUGCUUCGGCUCCAAGUUGCCCUACGACCAGAGCAGUCUCUACUUGACCGAUUUCCACACCGAGAAGGAGCUGAACGAGAAGCUCAAUGAUUACUAUGCCCUCAGGCAUGUGCCCAAGUGCUGGGCGGCCAUACAGCCCUUUUUGUGCGCCGUCUUCAAGCCCAAAUGUGAGACAAUCAACGGCCAGGAAAUGGUCUACCUGCCUUCCUACGAAAUGUGCCGGAUUACCUUGGAACCGUGUCGCAUACUGUACAACACGACGUUUUUCCCAAAAUUCCUGCGCUGCAACGAGACGCUCUUUCCCAUGAAAUGCACGAACGGAGCGCGUGGCAUGAAAUUUAAUGUUACGGGCCAGUGUCUGAGUCCAUUGGUGUCCACGGACACCGCAGCCAGCUAUUAUCCCGGCAUCGAGGGCUGCGGCGUUAGGUGCAAGGAUCCGUUGUACACGGACGAUGAGCACCGGCAGAUCCACAAGCUGAUCGGCUGGGCGGGGAGCCUGUGCCUGCUCUCGAAUCUCUUUGUGGUGGCCACGUUCUUCAUUGACUGGCAGAACGCCAACAAGUAUCCGGCUGUGAUAGUGUUUUACAUAAAUCUGUGCUUCCUGAUCGCCUGCGUAGGAUGGCUGCUGCAGUUCACAUCCGGUUCGCGGGAGGACAUAGUGUGCCGCAAGGAUGGCACACUGCGUCACUCGGAGCCCACGGCCGGGGAGAACCUCUCGUGCAUUGUGAUCUUUGUGCUGGUGUACUACUUCCUCACCGCCGGCAUGGUCUGGUUCGUCUUCCUCACUUACGCCUGGCACUGGCGGGCCAUGGGCCAUGUCCAGGAUCGCAUCGAUAAGAAGGGCUCGUACUUCCAUUUGGUGGCCUGGUCCCUGCCCCUGGUGCUCACCAUCACGACGAUGGCGUUCAGCGAGGUGGAUGGCAACAGCAUCGUGGGCAUCUGCUUUGUGGGCUACCUCAAUCACCCGAUGCGGGCGGGCCUGCUGCUGGGUCCGCUUUGCGGGGUGAUCCUCAUCGGCGGCUACUUCAUCACGCGCGGCAUGGUGAUGCUCUUCGGGCUGAAGCACUUUGCCAACGACAUAAAGUCGACUUCGGCCAGCAACAAGAUCCACUUGAUCAUCAUGCGAAUGGGUGUUUGUGCCCUGCUCACCCUGGUCUUUAUCCUGGUGGCCAUUGCCUGCCAUGUCACGGAGUUUCGGCACGCCGAAGCCUGGGCCCAGAGCUUCAGGCAGUUUAUAAUUUGCCAAAUCUCUUCGGUUUUCGAGGAGAAGAGCUCGUGUCGCCUGGAGCAUCGACCCAGUGUGGGCGUCCUGCAGCUGCAUCUGCUGUGCCUCUUCAGCUCCGGCAUUGUCAUGUCCACCUGGUGCUGGACACCGUCCUCCAUUGAGACCUGGAAGCGGUAUAUCCGAAAAAAAUGCGGCAAGGAGGUGAUCGAAGAGGUGAAAAUGCCCAAACACAAGGUAAUUGCCCAGACGUGGGCCAAGCGCAAGGACUUUGAGGACAAGGGCCGGCUCUCCAUAACGCUGUACAACACCCACACGGACCCGGUGGGCCUCAACUUUGAUGUGAACGAUCUGAACUCCUCGGAAACGAACGACAUCUCCUCCACGUGGGCCGCCUACCUGCCGCAGUGCGUGAAACGACGCAUGGCCUUGACAGGAGCCGCGGCCGGGGGCGGAGGAACAGGUAAUUCGUCGAGCCACGGACCGCGCAAGAAUUCCCUGGACUCUGAGAUCAGUGUGAGUGUUCGUCAUGUCUCCGUGGAGUCGCGUCGCAAUUCGGUGGACUCUCAGGUGUCUGUGAAAAUCGCUGAAAUGAAAACCAAAGUGGCAUCCAGAUCAAGGGGAAAGCAUGGAGGCGGCGGCGGCGGCAACAAGAGAAGCCACCGAAGACGCGACUACAUAGCAGCGGCCACGGGCCGAAGCAGCCGCCGCAGGGAGAGCAGCACCUCAGUGGAGUCGCAGGUCAUUGCCCUGAAGAAGACCACCUACCCGAAUGCUAGUCACAAAGUGGGCCUCUUUGCCCAUCACAGUUCCAAAAAGCAGCAGCACGGCAGCUCCAUGAAGCGGCGGUCGGGGAACGCGGGCCUGGAUCCCUCCAUUCUAAACGAGUUUCUGCAGAAGAACGGUGACUUCAUCCUGCCCUUCCUCCAGAAUCAGGACAUGAGCUCCAGCUCCGAGGAAGAGAACUCCCGCGCUUCCCUCAAGAUACAGGAUCUCAAUGUGGUUGUGAAGCAGCAGCAGCAGGAGGAGGAAGACGACGAGGAGGAGCGGCUCAGUGAGGAUGGUGGCAUCCAGAUUGAGGAGCUGCCCAAUAGCAAGCAGGCCGUCUUGGAGAACUUCCUCAAGAACAUGAAGAAAUCAAACGAAUCCAACGGUCACUCCCGGCACUCGGCAAGGAGUCGUCAGUCCAGGAAAUCCCUCCGCAAGAGCCAGCCCAAAUCCACGGGUCUGGAGCUCGACUUCAAACGGGAUUAUGGACGGAAUUGCACGAAUAACGAUUCCCUCAGCUGCUCCUCCAUGGAACUGGACGUGGCCCUGGAUGUGGGCAGUCUGCUGAACAGCUCCUAUUCGGGCAUGUCCCUGGGGAAGCCGCAGAGCAGGAACAGCAAAACCAGCUGCGAUGUGGGCAUCCAGGCGAAUCCGUUCGAGCUGGUGCCCACCUACGGCGACGAGGAGCUGCAGCAGGCCAUGCGACUGCUGAAUGCGGCCAGCCGGCAGAGGAAUGAAGCGGCAGCCAACGAUGAUGGCGGCGGCACGGAGCUGCAGUCUUUGCUGGGUCUCUCCCAGCGGCAGCCGACGUUUAUGAGCGAGUCGGACAAGCUCAAAAUGCUGUUGCUGCCCUCGAAAUAACAAGACUUGA